GGAAACAACUUGGUUGGACAAUGUGCUCAUUUGUAGAUGUUCCCUACAGGUCAAGCUAAUUAUAAUGUUCAUCUGCUCUUGAUAUUGGUUUCUAGCUAAUUGUUUUCUUGUUGUCAAUUUUCCUGCGAUGGCUGAAAUCAUGAUUUGUGAGCCUUUUGAGCUCUACAACCUCCUCAACCAGUGCAGCUGUGUGUCAAGGCUGGCAGAGAUCAACUACCUCUGUUUGAUUGAUGCCCGUGAAACCCAAGAUUACAUAAUGAGUCACAUCAUAACAGCAAAAAAUGUUAAAAUGGAUUCAGAGGGCACAUUCCUCCUGCCAGAGGCUGUGGAGGUUGACAGUAUGCAGCAUGUGGUGGUCUAUGACAGCAACACAAGCUGUUUACAGGAAGAAGGUAGAGCAGUUGAGUGUGCCGAGGCCCUAGCUAAAGCUAGCCGACAUCCAGUCCACAUAGUGAGAGGAGGCUUUCACAGGUUCUCAGCUCUGUACCCUUUUUUAAGGACAGAGAAAAUCCUCUACACCAUCAUGGAGCUGGAAAACCUGAAGAUGUAUCCAGUGGAGAUCACUGCAGGACUGCUAUAUCUGGGUGACCAGAAACAAGUCAAGGACUCCAGCAUCCUCAAACACCUGAAAAUCAGCACUAUAAUCAGCAUCUCACAGAACGACAAUCUGGAAUCUGGAUCCAUAAAGGGGAACCAGACCAUCCUCAACAUCCCUGUGGCCGACUCAGUGGUGUCUGAUUUAUACUCAAGUUUUGAAAGGAUAUGUAGUUUUAUCGGUUCACACAUCAACAUGGGCUCUCGUGUCCUGAUAGUUUCCAGGGGCAGAAGCCGCUGCAGCGCUGUAACCAUUGCCUUUCUCAUGCACCACCUCAAAUACACACUGCAGGAGGCCUGGAAGUACAUGCUCAAAUGUAAACCCAACAUGAGGCCAAACACGGGGUUUCUACAGCAGCUGUCUGACUGGGAGCUUCACACCAUGGGAACAAAAGUGACUGAUAUCUCUGAACCAAAAUUUUAACAAAGGCACCACCAACUGCUAUGGCAAUAAUGUGGCUAGUUCAUAAGCACUUCCUGCAAUAAAGACAUAUGAUGUUCUUAA